GUUGAAACAAUACAACAAUGCAGAAAAAAACAAAAUGUUUCAUUUGUAAAGAGAAAUAACUCAUAUACCAACUAUUACCGCUAUACAACAUCUAAUUAAUCAAAUAUAAUUCUAUUUCAAUUGACCAGAUGGAAUAGUUAAAGAAGAAAAACAAAAAAAAAUUUAACAUACUACUUAUCCAUUGAAUAAUAGACAUACAAAUUAGUCGUAUUUUCAAUUUCAAUUAAUAAUCAAUAAAUAAUUUCAAUUUUAAUAAAUAAAAUUAUGAUAUAAAUAAAAAUUUCAGAAUCACCCUAGCAACUAUAACUAUUAAACAUGUACAGUGUAUAGAGUAUAUGUUCACUAUGCAAUAUAGAUUAAUGUUUAACAAUGUCUAAUAUAUACAUUCAAUUAAUAAUAUUUAUAUGUAUUUUCAUUGAUUUACCUUUAAUUUAUUCAAAUCGAAUUACAUCAAAAUCAACAUAUAUUGUCAAUGAUUUACAAGAUGUGAAUCUUAUGAGUAACCAUGGUAACUCAGUUGAUAAAUUGAAUAUUUCAAAUUAUUUAUGGCAUUUAUUUCAAAAUCGAAAUAUAAAUUCAUAUCAAAUGGAAAAACCAACUUUAUAUUAUACACCUAAUACAAACAAUGAAAUCAGUAAUAAUACAUCAAUGAAAUUUAAUAAAUCAAAACCUUUACAAUUUUAUCAUAAUUUACAAACAUCCGGAAAUGUAAAUAUUUUUCAAAGAUUAAAAAAUGAUCCAGUUCAUAUAAAAGCAGAGAUGAAUUCAAAUUUAAGAAUAACUAAUCAAAUGAUUCAACCUAAUCAAUUAACUAUAUUCCCUAAUCAAAUUCCAUUAAUACCUAAUGAACGACCAUUUCAUAAUCAUGUAUUAUUAAAACAUAAUGAAAUGAUUCGUUUAUUAGGUGGACAAAAUUUUAAUAGUGAAUUUAUGUCAUUUAAUAAACCAUGGGAAGCUAUCAUGUUUCCAAGUGGUAGAUUAAUUUCAUCAACUUUUAUAAAUGAUAAUAAAAAUACAUUUGAAACAUUAUUAUCAUUAAAUAGAAAUCGAAGAUCACGUAAAAUUAAAUCAAAAAAUCAUCAAAAUUUUUUAAAUAUUUAUGAUUCAUAUAAAAAAAGAAAAAAAUAUAAUCACAUAGAUACUAAUUUAAAUCAAUUUUUUCAAAAUAUAAUGCAUCGAUUAAAAUUAAUUGAAAAUUUAAAAUAUAAAAAUCAAUUCAAUGAUCAAUUGUUACAUUUUCAAUCGAAUCAAAAAUAUUUUAAAUAUAAUCAAAUGAAAAAAAAUCGUCAAUUAAAACGUAUUCUACGAGAAUUUUUAAAUGAUUAUAAUAAUUGCCCAUUAUAUUAUAUAUGGUAUGAUUUAGGAUCAAAAUUUUGGCCAAGAUGGAUUAAAACUGGUCAAUGUGUUAAUUUAGCUAAUACUUCAUGUUCACUACCUCCUGGAAUGUAUUGUCAAGAGAAAAAUACAAAGAAUAUAGCUAUACUACGUUAUAUAUGCCCUGAAAAAUGGCCUUUAUCCAAAUGUAAUUGGUAUAGAGUACAUUUACCAAUUGUAACUGAAUGUAGUUGUCAAUGUACAAGUAAAUCUACAUAUAGGAAGGAUUCUUGAUAUAAUGUUGAAUAAAUUUAAUGAUAUUUUC